AUGCGAGAACUCUUGGGCGAAGAGCCAUACCUGAACGAGGUCGACGAACUCGAGUCCCAGCAGGCCAUCAUCGACUCAGAACUAGCAACCGCCUCCCCCACUGAUCCAGACGCACCAAUCCCGGUGGCCUUCCAAGACCCAUUCAAACCACCCCCACCCACUAUCUCGCGAGAAUCUGACACGGCCCAGACGACGACAACAACAACGGCGGCGGCGACAACGACAACGGCAAAAAAUGACCCCGAACAGAGACGCAAGUCCACCUCGGUCAUUAACUACAGGCCCCGCAUCAGGGACCCAUCCAGUGAAGGGUACGUCGGCAGACGGAACGGCUCACUAUCAGAUUAUGCAUUGCUGAGCGUGAUCGAGACAGAGCGGCUGCGGCAGGAGAACGACUACCUGAGGGAGAUGACUAAGCUCAGUAACGUUGUCUCAGAGGUCAUCAAGGAAGAAGACGAGGCGGCUGACAAUCAGCACCAGCUCAGUCAAGACUCAGAUAACCCUGGCCAACCCAAUCACCAGAAACAGAUCGACGGAUGGACUGCUCUUAUCCAUCACAAUCCUCAGCCACCACCCGACCAAACCCUCCCUGCUGAUCAACAAACUCAACAAGACCAACCAUAG